AUGGUGUUCUUAUACCCGGACCCCAAUGGGGCCAAUGCUAACCAGGACACUCAUCGCUUAGGUGACUCGGAUAUCGAGAUGAAUUAUUCUUAUCCCGGUGUUAAGACAGUAACGGUGAACACCAACACCUGCGGAACAGCCCACCAUUUUCUCAGAGUUUUGAACGACGCCAUCGACAGUGCGCCUUGCAAAGUCAAGGCAUUGGUUUUAAGGAAUAUGAGCAGCUCAUUUGGCGAAUGUUACCCGCAAGAGUUUCUUGAAGUUGCCCUUAAGUUCUGCCAACAGAGGCGCAUCCACUUCAUCUCCGACGAAGUCUAUGCCCUCACAUCUUUCUCUUGUGCAGAAAUAUCGGACCCCGUUCCGUUUGUCUCAGCUUUAGCUUUAAAUGCGCGGGCUUUGGGGUGUGAUCUAUCGAGGAUUCACACUAUAUGGAGUAUUAGUAAGGAUUUUGGAGCAACCGGUGUUCAAGUGGGCUGUACGGUAUCACAAGGCAACAAAGAACUUAUCCGUGGGCUUAUCAACACACCAGAUUCCCGAAUAACACCAGCAUCAUUGGCGUUUGCAACCUCUCUCCUCUCCAGCCCCAGGCUACCCAUCUUGAUUGCUCUCAACUCUGCCGGCCUAGCCGAAUGCUAUAUGCUCAUCACCUCUUUCUUUGUGCGACAUGGUAUCAAAUAUAUCCCCGUUAAUGCAGGCCUAAGCAUAUUCGCCCGUCUUGCACCCAACGCAAGGUCGCGGGACGAGGAAAUGGAGAUCGUACAGCACCUGAAAAACGCAGGUGUCGUGGUCAACAAUGCUGGAGGAAGUUUUCAUAAGACCUUUAAGGAGAAAGGAUGGGUACGGAUGUCCUUCUCCAUUGAACCAAAUCAGUUGCAUGAAGCCCUAACCCGCAUCGAACUUGCUUUGGGAUUGGGACUGAGAUGA